AUGGCCCAAGCCUUGGCUAGAGGCUUGAUUCAUUCAGGUAAGUUCUGCCUAAUUUUUAAUUUUUUAGGUUGAUGCAAAAAGAAUGGCAUGUUAGCAAAUUUUAAAUAAUCGUUAUGAAACUUACUUCACAAUGCCAAUAUUUAAAUGAUAAAACAAUAUUUUAGGUAAAUACGACGCCUCAAAAAUGAUAGCCAGCUCACCCAAAACGGACUUUAAACUUCUUGAAGAGUGUAAUGUGAGUUCGUGUUUCAGUUUUUUAUCUGAGAUUUGAAGUUUACGUUGUAUUUAGACCUAGAAGGGGGCCCUAGACCCAGCUUCGAUCCGGCUCUUAGCUAGUUUGGGCUGGGCCGGCACAUUUGGGUCCGAAGGUCAGAGCUUAAACCCAGGUUCCAGAGGCUGGUGGGCCGUGCUGUGCCAAAGCUAAAUAAAAAGGGACUGGGCUGGCACAUGCGGAUCAGAAGGCUAGGACUUAAAGCAAGGCUUCAGGGGCCAGUGGGCCGGGUCGGGCUGGCAAUUGAAGUCCGCGUGCUUGCGCUACCAAUUAGACUCGGUCCUGGGCUUUUGCAGGUCUAGAGUAUUACAACAAACGUUUUUCUAACAAAAGUGGACAAAGUUAAUAUUAAUUAAGAAUUGGGAAGAUAAGAACACCGUAUUUUACUCUAACUGUUUUACAGUACAAUUAUUUUACAUUUUAACAAUUUACAAACGAAAUACAAGAAAAAUUUGCAGAAAAUUGGAAUCAACACAACGCACGAUAACACAGAAGUUGCCAAGAACGCUGACGCCAUUUUUCUGGCCGUUAAACCUUUGCACAUUAGCAAAGUCGUGUCAGAAAUUGCUCCAAUUAUCAAAAGAGAACACUUGUUAAUCUCAAUUGCACUUGGUAUCACCAUUCGGUACAUUGAAACGGUAAAUUUUGAAGAAAAUUUCUAAAACUUACUUUGCGCUACAGCCAGGAGUAAAACGAGAAGGACAAUUACAGUAUAACUCUUAUGUAAUCCGCAAAUUAAAAACCCUUGAACGAUGUUAUACAGGUGCUCUACUGUAUUUUUACAACCAAACCAAACACUACCUUGUAAGAAAAAAAAACUUUUUAGCUAGUCCCAGCGAAAACCCGAGUAGUUAGGGUAAUGCCAAACACACCGGCGCUAGUCAGUGCCGGAGCUUCGGCUUAUUCCAUGGGUGCAGCUUGUCUUGAUGGGGACUCGGAAACCGUUCAAGAUAUGUUAAAAACGGUUGGCUACGCGGUGGAAGUCCCUGAACUAUAUUUGGAUCCAAUCACUGGACUCAGCGGCUCUGGUCCUAGUUAUGUAAGCUUUUGUUCAUUUUUUGGUUUUAGGUAGCAAUAAUCUUUUCUUCGAUAAAAUUCAGGGACAUAAAGGUAGUUAUCGAUAGUUUUAGUCAUCGAUUGAUUUACCAUUGCGUAACUAUUCGAUCUCUUUCAGGUAUUCGCCAUGAUUGAAGGCCUAGCCGACGGUGGAGUGAAGCAAGGUCUACCACGUGAUUUGUCAAUCCAACUAGCUGCUCACACUUUUCACGGUGCCGCCAAAAUGGUCCUGGAAACCGGCGAACAUCCAGCUAUUCUAAAAGAAGCCGUCCAAAGCCCCGGAGGCUCUACCGUGUACGGAAUUCACGAAUUGGAGAAAGGAGCAAUGCGCGGCGUCAUCGUGAAUGCCGUGGAAGCGGCUACGAAACGAUCCCGCGUGACUGGCGAGAACCUGCUUCCCAAAACGUCAGUGAUUUACCGCAAUGACUAGAUAGUUGGUUUGACUAACUUAUAUUUAUUUUUGUAACCCGCACUAAACGUUCUUUCACAAUAAAUUAUUUUUUUAUUUAGGCACAGCCUUGUUUCGAGUAUUUAUCGUGUUAAUUUUAGGGAAGAACAGGACGACAAUGAGGAAUCGGAAAAUGCUGACGACACUGAACGCACAGCUAAGUAA